UUCCAUCUUGAAUGGGCGAGAGGAGGGCCUGAGGAGAAUUAGGGGCGGGUGAGGGGAAGCGGAAGUGCUCGCUGGCAGCCUCCCCGCAGGCCGACCCGCCCGGCCUCCUCCUCCCGCUCUCCCCGCCCUCUUUCCGGUGGCUCCGAGGGGACAGCAGCCGGGCCGCGGUGGAGCGACGAGCAACAGAAUGUCAGAAGGGGACAGCGUUGGCGAUUCCGUUCAUGGGAAGCCUUCGGUGGUGUUCAGAUUCUUCACAAGACUCGGACAGAUAUACCAGUCUUGGUUAGACAAAUCUACUCCUUACACAGCAGUGCGUUGGGUUGCGACUCUGGGUCUAAGUUUCAUCUAUAUGAUUAGAGUGUAUCUAUUGCAGGGUUGGUACAUUGUGACAUAUGCCUUGGGAAUCUAUCACCUAAACCUUUUCAUAGCUUUCCUCUCGCCAAAGGUAGAUCCCUCCUUAAUGGAAGACUCAGAUGAUGGUCCUUCAUUACCGACAAAACAAAAUGAGGAAUUCCGCCCCUUCAUUAGAAGGCUGCCAGAGUUUAAAUUUUGGCACUCUGCUACGAAGGGCAUCCUCGUUGCUAUGGUAUGUACCUUCUUUGAAGCUUUCAACGUCCCAGUAUUCUGGCCAAUCCUUGUGAUGUACUUCAUCAUGCUUUUCUGUAUUACUAUGAAGAGGCAAAUCAAGCAUAUGAUAAAGUACAGGUAUAUCCCGUUCACACACGGCAAGAGGAAAUACCGAGGGAAGGAAGACAUGGGAAAGACAUUCGCUAGUUAGAAGCCGAACUGAACCCACCGCUCCACCCAUAAAUUCAAGAACGGUUUUUGAGCCAUUGUAACAAUGCCUUUUUUCUUCAUAUAAAGUAGAUUAUUACGAGGGAGUCAGAUUUUCUUUUUUAAAAGGAGCUUCUAUUACCUGUAACCGAAAUGUCACAGAGGUUCUCUGAAGAAACUGGCGUUCUAACCAAAUUGCAUUGAGUUCAUUUGGGGGACUGUCGGGUGUUUUUGAAUUGAUGAAGAUGGCAGGACGGUGUGGGGUUAAAGGCUUCCCCUAGCAGCGGGUGGGGGUGGGGAGGGGACGGGGCGGGGGGACGCCGGGGGUGGUCAGCGGCUGCAAGUCGUCCCCCUCCCCCGCGGGCCCUGCCACCCCAGGAGCUGGAAAUAAAACGGGGGGACAGGGAAGCCAGCUCGAUGUUGUUUUCCGUUCCAUAAACGUGCUCCCUUUGAGGCCUCCCGAGGUACGGACCUCCGGUUGUGGGGAGGCUGCCCCGGGGGUUGCUGGCCACCCCCCACCCCACCCCCCGCUCACCCCGAAUCAGCAAGGGAAUGAGAAAUCUGUUCCCUGGGCCGUAUUCUUGCUCCCUCCUUCGAGGACCGAGCCUUGGUACAGCAGGUGUUUUCAAAUUCACAUCAGUGUGUGGGGUUCUAAUGCCAGUUUCCUAACUGCAUCUCCCUGGAGGUGUUCAAGUUGGGCUCUUUCAUAAUGACUCAAAACUUUGUUCUUAACUAUCAUGAUUUUUCUCAAGGGCCUGGAAUUACAAAUAUAUAUAUAUAUACACAUAUAUAUAUUUUAAUUGUUAUUAGUUGGAAAUUAUUUUGACAUGUUUCUUUGAUACUUACAGAGGUUUGUUUUUUGAUUAACUUAAGUUUGCUUCAGGCAACCCCUUCAGAACACAACAGAACUGGCAACGGCAGAUGCCCUGUGGGUUUUAACACGCAUCUUUUCAUUUUCUAUGGAAAAAAAGAGAGGAAUAUGACCUGCAUGUAAACUUUUUGAUGUGAUACAGCUAUAAAAAUUUUAUUAAGUGACUUUUUAAUUCCAAACUUUAUUAAAGACAGUGUCCCCUUU